UUUUUUUUAAGAUUAGAACCUACAACAAUACAUACACCGCUUGGCGCUUGGCCUCUGUUCGUUUUAGUGAGUUGUUGAUACCACACGUUUCAGAAUAUUUAGUUAAUUGUAAUAUUUCAGAUAUAAUGGGCUCCUCGAAACACAAAAAAAAAGACAAAAAGAAACGCCAUCAUUCCAGUGAUUCAUCGGACGGAGAAAUUUCGAAACACAGAAAAAGACGACAUCCGUCUAGUGAUUUGUCAGAUGUUGAUCUUUCUAACAAACAUAAGAAACACAAAAAACAUCAUAAAAAAAAAGAAAAGCCUAAGGAGUCUAAAGAGUCUAAACAUAAGUACCAUAGUUCUGGCAAGUAUUUUCACCUUAUAUUUUAAUGUUAUGAAACUAUGAAUUAAAUAUUUGAUAUUUGUUUUGUUUUUUUGGUGUAAUUUUUACUUCAAAUAAUAUCCAAUUCAUGUUUAAAAAAUACAUAGGUAAAUAUUUUAAAGAUUUGAUUUUCUGUUGACAAAUGUAUUUUAUAAUAAUGAUAAAACCUAAUUAAAUACUUAUUAAAAUUGUAUUUUUUUGCCAUUGUUUGGCGCUGUUACUCUGCUCUGCAAAUUGCAUAUAUCCUUUGAUUUGUUGUACAAAAACACGUCAAGUAGGUUACUAAUAAAUCAUAGGAAAAAUAGUUUUUGAAUUCAUUGUAAUAGUUUUACGAUUAUUAUUUUAUUUUAUUUUUAUAACUAUACAGGCUGAGGCCCAAAAACAUAAGGUGAUAAACCUACCUAAUAUGAUAAUAUAAUCAAUUUUACAAAUAUUUUAAUUUAAUUAAUAAUAGUAACAGAAAUAAUAACAGUAAUAAAACACUCAAUUGAUGAAUAGCUUAUGGAUAGUUAAAAGUGGGGCCUCCAAUAGCAAUACGCCUAAUAAUAUAGAGGGAAGAGUUCAGUAUAUGAUUAGAAAAGGAAAAGGGAUUAAUAAAGGGACAAGUAAAUCUAGUAUUACGAGGAGUAAUUUUAAAAUUGAUUUAUGAAAUGAGUGUUGGACAGUAUUGAAUUUAAUAAAAGUUUAGAAAAAAAAUGAUACAUUCGCAGAGCGCCUAUGAUCAGUGAAACUUGAUAAAUUAAAAAUUUUGUGGAUAGGCUCUUAAUUGUCUGGAGGACAAGAACCUUUAAAGAAUAAGCAACAAAUGACAGGAAUUUUCGUUGAACCUUUUCAAUUGCUAUGGCGUCUAUUGAUGAAUGAGGGUCCCAAAGAACGUAUCCGUACUCAAGGAUAGGUCAUACUAAAAAGCAAUAAGGAAAUUUCAACGAGCGGACCAAUUUGAACUGAGAUGAAAUACACUAGAUGAAUCCAAGGACUUUAAUUGCAUGACAACAAAUUACCUGAAUAUGCAAUUUGGGGACAGGUUUAAAGAAAAGUGAAUUAUACUUUUAUGUCAGCGAUUACUGCUGAUAACUAACAGGAAAUUAUUUAGGACCUACAACUUGUACUUUUUUUUUUUCAUUGUGAUUUAUUGUUCAAAUUGUGACAGUUAUGAAUAAAAAAUUAUAUUAAUAUAAAAAAAAGUAUAGACACAAUUCUUUAAACCUAUUAAAUAUUUAUGUUUAGAUGUUUGAUGUAAUUUUGGUUUUAUUUUAUACUUUAGACGAUGAUGUUAUUUUCGUGCCACCUCCUCCAAAAAUAUCACGACAUGAGAUCCGAACUCCACCACCUCCAAGUCUUACACCACCACCACCUCCUUCAAUAUCUUCAUCAUCAGAUAGUCUCUCUAUUGAAGAAACUAAUAGAAUUAGAGCAAAAUUGGGUCUCAAACCGUUGCAGUUAGAAAAUAAAGAAACUACCAAAAGUAGAGAUGAUGGAUUAGAAGUUAUUGCUGGCGAUGAAGGGGAAUUUGUUCAUAAACCAGCAUGUAACUCGAUUUAGUUUGAAAAUAAAUACCUGAUAUUAAUAUAAAUGUUUUUAAUUAUCUAGUAAGUUUAACAGAAAAAAAUAAAAGUGAAAAAAUAAAAGCAAGAAUAGCUGAAAAAAAAGAAAAACGCAUGAUAGAAAAUAAAAUUUUGAAUGUAAAAAAGUUAGCAGACAGUGAUUCAGAAGAAGAUGCUGUAAGUUGGGUGAACAAAACUAAAAAUAUUCAAGAAGAAAUGGAAAAAGCCAAGAAAAAGGUGAAUAAUUUCUUGUUUAUUAGUAUUUAGAACUAUUUUAUUGUUGUUUUUGUUUUGGACCGAUUUUUCAGCCAUAUUUUUGUUUUGUCAAAAGGCACAAGAAUUAGAAGAAAUGGAUAAUGUAUUUGGUGUAGGUGAUCUAAUCGAAGAAACCACAAAAAAUGAAAUGAAGAAUUUCUAUUCUAGUAAACAUUUGAAAGGAUUAGAAGUUCAACACUCUAUGGUAUGUUACAUAAACAAUGUAAAUAUGUAAAUUAAAUAAAUAGUAAUUUUAUAAUUUUAUUAAUUUAUAGGAUGAAUUUGUUGAAGGAAAAGAUGUAAUAUUAACUUUACAAGAUAAAGAUGUAUUAGCAGAAGAUCCAGAUGUGUUGGUUAAUGUUAAUAUGGUGGAUGAUGAAACAUAUAAACAAGUAUAUUAAAACAAGAUUUUAAACUUGUGUACAAAAUUAAACAUUUUUUUUUUGUUUUUCAUUAAUUAUUUAGAAUAUUGAUAGGCGGAAGCAACGUAAAAAUUAUAGUGGUUAUGAUGAGUUUGAAAACAUGGAUGUAGACAAGCCAACUAUAGUUCUUGAAAAAUAUGAUGAAGAAAUUGAAGGAUUAAAAAAAAAAAGUUUCAAACUUGGUACACAUUGUUAUAAAUAUAAGUUAUUAAAAAAAAAAUAAUAAUAAUCUAAAUUUGUAUAUUUGUUGCUUAAAGGUGUAGAUGAGAAUAAAGUGAAACGAGAAACUGUAAAGGAAAAAUUGAAAAUGAAUUUAAAUCUAGAUUCAUUGAAUUCUACUCAGUUGAAACUUGCAUCAGAUUAUUAUAAUGCUUCUGAAAUGAAUGUUAAAUUUAGAAAAAUCAAGGUAAAUACCUUAAUUUCUUAUACAAUAUUAAAGUAGAUAAAUAUUUAAAUUUGUUUUACAUUUUAGAAAAAGAAAUUUAGAGUAAACCCUUUGAGAGCAGACAAGUUGGAAAGAUCAAUGAGACUUGCAAAUAAUGAUGUUAAAGAAAAUGACGACCUUCUUGAUAUAGAUGAUGCACUACAUGGUAACGUAUUUUAUUUUACAUAAUUGAUCAAAUUACAAUAUUAAUAAAUGUGUCUUUACAAUUAGUGUGAUUAUUUUUCAGCAUUAAGUUAAUUUUAGAUUCCGAGCGUACUGAUGGAGCUAUUGGUUUUACUAAGAUAAUUAUUAUUUUUAUUUUUUUUCUUCUAGCCUGUGAACACGUUUUUUCCAAGUAAACUUGCUCCGAUUUUUACGUGUAGCAAUUUUUCUGAAAGCUCAAGUUGUCUAAAUGAUACCUUAAAAUGAUCAUUUUUUGAUUUUCGGCACAAUUUUUUAAAUAAAAGCACUUAGGUAGGAAAACAUAAAAUUUCACAAUUUCAUUAUUUUAUAAAAUUACGAAUGUUUUCUACCACAAAAAAUGAUUUAAUCAAAAAACCACAGGAUACCUUUUUUGUUGUCUUAUUGAUUUACUUUCUUAUGGUAUCAUCGCUAAAAGUGUUAAACCACUUCUGAGUUUUUUAAGAAUUUUAAUUUUUAAGUUAUUUUUUGUGGUAAUUACUUUAUAAAUACACAUAGAGACUUAAAACUUGGUAAUAAUACUUAUAUUGGACUUAUCUAGACGUGAUCAAAUUUCCAAAAAUCAUUAGAUAACUUUUAUUUUUAAUAAGUGUUUUGAAAUCAAAUUUAAAUGAAAAUUGCAAAAAAAAAAUACGGCACUUCCAAUUAUGUAUUACCGAAUUGCGUUCGGAAUCGUCUUUCAUCAAGCAAUAGUUAAUCAUUGCAUAUAGAUAUAAAUGAAAUAAUUUAAUGUAUCAUACAUUCCCAACUUUUCAUCUACAACAGUGGCCGCUCCCAUUCUCAGUAUCAGCUCUUUUUACUUAAUGUAUGUAAAAAGACUAAUUUAUACAAAACAUUUUAUUAUUUGGAGACUUAAUGAGAAUUGAUGAAAUACUCUUGUUGUAGAAAUUAUUUGUAGAUAUUAAAUUAAACAAUUUAUUAAAAUAGAACUCAAACUUACUUGACAAUAAUUUUAUUUUAUUAUCAACAGUAACAAUGCAUUUUAUUUUAAAUAGAUAAGUUAGCGGAUUUUGACAAUAUGAAAAAAGAAAAUGAAGAAGAGGAUGACAUGGGAUUGCAGUUGGCAUUAAAAAAAGCAAGGAAGUUAAAACAGUUAGAGACAGUUGAAAGAAAACCUAAUUUAGCUGAUAUAUUGGUUGUAUGUUAUUGAUUUUUUUUUUAAGCUAAUUUAUAAUAUAAGUUCAGUAAUUUAUUGUUUUAUUUAUAUUGGUUCAUAUUGAUUUAAAAUUUCAUUGGUAUACAGGGUGAUUGAUUUAACUUGUUACAUUUAUUAUUUUAAAUGGUAACUUAUAUUAAAAUUUUUAUAAAUAAAUAGAGUAUUAGUUUAAUAUAUUUAGGUGUUGCAAUUUUUGAUUUCCAUCUAUCAGUUAACGAGAUUUUCCACUUUUAAGUUUGUGUACAGAAUUUUCAUAGUGCUCCAUUGCUCUCCUGCUAAAACUUAAAUCAAUCACUUUGUCAUUUAUAUUUAUUUAUUUUAAAAUAUAUUAUUAUGUUAAUUAGAAAACUGAGUUUAAUGAUAAUGCACAAGGCGCAAUUGUGUUGAACUCUACUGCUGAAUUUUGCAGAACACUUGGUGACAUACCAACUUAUGGUAAAGCUGGAAAUAGAGAAGAAGAAGAAGAAGAAUCAUUAAUGGUAAAGAUAUAAAUAUAUUUUGUUAAUAGAAUAGAUUUACUAAUAUUUUUAUUUUUAUUUUAGGAUUAUGAAAAAACUAAUGUUAAACAAGAGCGUUCAGUUGAUUCAGACGGGUCUAAUGAUGGAUGGAAAGAAGUAGAAAUGGGUAGACAUGCCAUUUUUUAUUUUUAAAAUAUUUUUUUUUUUUUAAAUGUGUAUUUAUUUCAGAGAAAAAAUUAAUUGAUUUACAAACAAUUGAUAGUAAACCAAUUUUGGAACCAGAACCUGAUUUAGGUAAAGGAGUAGCUGGUGCAUUGAGAUUAGCUAUGAGUAAAGGGUAUAUUGAAAAGGAAGAAAAUGCUAGGCCAUCUGCUUCUAGAUUUGCUCAUUUACAAGCAAAAAAUUAUUCUAUUGAAGACAAAACAUUUUUGUAAGUCGAAUAUAAUGAUUAUUUCAUUAGUUAGAUCUCUUCAAAUAAAAUUGAUUUUAAAAUUCUAAUUUUGUUCUUAACAAAUAUUAUUUAUUACUAUAUUAUUUUAUUUUAGAGCUGAAGAUGAUAAACUGAGUAGAAGAGACAGAUAUAGUGGUCCUACAGUAGAAUUCAGGGAAAAAGAUAGCUAUAAGCCAAACAUAAAAUUAGAUUACAUUGAUGAUGAUGGGCAUUUAUUGAGUGAAAAAGAAGCUUUCCGGUUAGUAGAAACAUUUAGUUAUUAGUCUAGUAAAUAAAAUAUAAUUGUUUAUAGAUAUUUGUCACAUAAAUUUCAUGGCAAGGGCCCUGGCAAAAACAAAAUAGAGAAACGAAUCAAAAAAGCUGAACAAGAAGCGGUAGUUUUUAAUUAUAGAUUUGAAUAACAUAUUAUAAAUCAAAUGGUUUUAAUUUUUAAUAUUUUUUUUUAGUUAAUGAAACAAAUGAGUUCAACAGAUACACCGCUUGGUACACUGAAUAUGUUACAAUCUAAACAAAAGCAAACCCAAUCUCCUUACAUAGUGUUAAGUGGAACUAAGUCAACCCAUCAAAACCAUGGGUAAGCAUAUCAUUUUUGUAAAUUUAAUUUUUAUGAAUAGUUUUACAAUAUGUUUUAUUUAUUUCAGAGGUUCUAUUUCAAAAACCAAGAAUGGCUGAUAUGAGUAUUAAUAUUUUUUAUUGUUAAAUAUUCUAUCAACAUACAUUUAUAACAUCGGACAAUAUUUGUUUUUAAUAACUUUUUGCAUAAUUGCAAAUUGUAUUCAAAUUAAUAAUUAAAUUAUACACACCCCAGAUGUUUGGGUAUUAGAUUUUAAACCAACAGUGAUUGAAAUAUAUUUUGUAGACAACAUUAAAAUGUAAAUGUUUUAAAUGUAUUCUGUUUUUUUUUUUUUUUUAAUUUUAUUUUCGUACAAAUUUUUCAUUGUAUGUAACAUGUAUUUUAUGGUUUUUUCAAAAAUCAGUAAUUUUGAGACAAGAUUGGUGUUGGCGAUGUGGUUUUGGUUAAUUUUUUUAUUCCAUAUGAUUCUAGUCCUUGAGCAUAUUGUGGUUCACUGUUUGUCAUAAAAUAGUAAAUUCCCCUUUGGCUGUAAACAUA